GAAAUUUACACAGUCGUCAAUAGCAAUUCGAAGGUGUAGCAGAAAACUGAUUCCUACGUGUCUAUUCCGCGAUAGAGUUGACGUUUUGAGGUGAAAAAAAAAUUUUCCAUCCAUUGCGAUAUGGCUGUUGUGCUGCUACUUCUCAAGACAGUCGGAGUUUUAGGAUUUAUUAGUUUAUUGAUAUUUUACCUGAAAAAGAUACGACUUUAUCGGGCAGCUGCUAAAUUUCCCGGUCCACCGGCACUUCCGUUCAUUGGCAAUGCUCAUGUCUUCGUAGGCAGCACCGAGGACAUACUAAACAAAAUAAUGGAAUUAUUGGACACAUACCCAUCACCCCUACGAUUCUGGUUGGGAAGUCGUUUAUUUUUCGGAGUCUGUGAGGCAGAGCAGCUGAAGAUAGUCUUCACGAGUCCGAAGACCAUUGAAAAAGAGGACCUCUACAAAUUUGCACGUCCUUGGCUGGGAACGGGAUUAUUUACGGCACCAGCAUCAAAAUGGCGAGUUCACAGGAAGUUGAUACUUCCGACCUUCAACCCUCGAAUUCUCGAGUCCUUCGUCGAAGUAUUUGCACAACAAUCCGAGAUAAUGGUGCGCCAGAUGAAGGUGGAGAUCGACGGAGACGAGUUCGAUGUUUUCAACUACAUAUCGUUGUGCACUCUCGACAUCAUUUGCGAGACUGCGAUGGGGGUGACGAUGAAAGCACAGACAGAGGGUGAUCCCACAUACGUAGAGUCGGCGAAGAGGACCUUCGAGAUAUUCUACACAAGAAUGUUCAAAGUCUGGCUCCAUCCAGACAUUAUUUUCAAUAAUACGCGACUCGGAAAGGACCAACGGGAGUGCAUUGACUAUUUACACGGAUUGACCAAUGACGUAAUAAAGAAGAAAAAGCUAGAACUCACCUUCGACUCUCCCAUAAUCGAAGACACAAAGCCCCGUAAAGCUUUCCUGGACCUCUUGAUGGAGCUCUCGAACGAGGGAAAAAAGUUCACCGACGAGGAGCUUCGAGAGGAAGUGGACACGAUGAUGAUCGCCGGAAAUGACACAACCGCCUCAGUCAAUUCCUUCGUGAUGCUGAUGCUGGCGAAUUUUCCAGAGGUCCAGGAGAAGUGCUACCAGGAGCUCUGUACCAUCUACGGGGCUAAUAUCAACACCGACACAGUGAUAACUCACGAGGAUCUGCACAGGAUGGAGUAUCUGGAGCGGACGAUCAAGGAGACCCUCAGACUCUUCCCAGUAGGACCAGUCCUAGUCAGAUACGUCAGCGAGGAUCUGGACAUUGGAGGCCACGUCCUGCCCCGGGGGUCUUCUGUUGUCAUAGGCAUACUGAAGAUGCACAGAAGUGAAAAGUACUGGAAGGAGCCCUUGAAAUUCGAUCCUGACAGAUUUCUACCGGAGGAAGUUGCCAAACGUCAUGCCUACUGCUUCGUGCCCUUCAGUGCAGGGCCGAGAAAUUGCAUUGGCGUCAGGUACGCCAUGAUGGCUAUGAAGACCCUUCUAGCUACCGUCCUGAGACACUACAUUCUAAAGAAAGAUCGAACCGUCAGGAUUGAGGACAUUAAACUCAAGGCCGACGUCAUGCUCAAGCCUGUAGAACCGAUUUCUGUUAAAAUCGAGAGAAGGAAACAUUGAGGAGCUAGAUAGCGGCCACUGAAAGUUGUACAAUGAAUCAAGCUGUUGAUUCUCACGAUAUUUUCUGUCAACUUUUCUAUUAUUGUUCAAUGGUCUGGAGGAUUGAUCGCGUAAGAACAGUUCCUUGUGUGCCCGACGACAACAAACGAAUGCGAUGGAAAAAAUCAAUUUAUCCUUGUGAGAUACUUUUUACUGAAAAUCCUCGACUACUGCGAAUUGUUUUGUACGUGGGCUAGAAAAAACCUAAUGACGUUCGGUAUUAUGGAUCACUUUCGAGAUGAACAAACAGUCCAACUGUCAGAGUUGAGUAAUUGGUCGGUAUUUGUAGAGAAAUUUCAGAUGGUGAAUUAUGCAAUUCCGUUGCAGAAAUUUCGCACCUCGAUAUUGUAUAUUUUAUCUACCAAAAUUAUGUAAGCUUAGUUAAGUAAAUAUAAAAAGGCUUGGCGGA